AUCAAUCACUUUAAACAAACAAACCAUUCAGAUACCACUUCAAAAACCAAAUCACUUCACAUCACAAUCCAUUCAAUCAACCUCAAAACCAUCCAUCCAUCAAAUCAACUCAAUCAACUCAAUCAACUCAAAUCCAUCAACUCAAUCAAAUCGAAUCAAUCGAAUCAAUCAAAUCAAAUUCUCAAAUCAAAUCAUAAAUCAAUCAGACUAGAUUCUCAAAAAAGAACAUUCAAACAUAUCCAAACAAGAACAAACAAGGGGGAGAAGUGAGAAUCAAAAAUGGGAGCUUGUUUCUCAUCUACCGGUCAUCCUUCACAUCUCGAUGGUAAUUCGGCUGCCAAUCGUGAUAGAUCUUAUGCUAUUGAUAGACAGAUAGAAGAAGAUGCGAAAAAGUUUAAAAGGGAAUGUAAAAUUCUUUUAUUAGGAUCAGGCGAAUCAGGAAAAUCAACAAUAGUCAAACAAAUGAAAAUCAUUCAUCAAAACGGAUACACACGAGACGAAUUACUAUUAUUCAAAGUAACAAUUUACAAAAACUUAAUAGAUUCAGCACAAGCCGUUGUAUUUGCGAUGAAGAAGUUUAGAUUCGAACCGGUUGAACCGGUGAAUCGAGUUUAUGCAGAUAAGAUCUUGGAAUACAGAUUAGAUUUACAUGAAGCUUCGGGUUUGAAUAUGGAUGUGGUUAGAUCGAUCGAAUCACUUUGGCAUGAUCCGAUCAUUCCGGCUGUUAUGGAUAGAGGUAGUGAGUUUUAUUUAAUGGAUUCUGCUGGAUAUUUCUUUGAUGAGGUUCAAAGGAUCGGUCAAGCUGAUUAUAUUCCAAAUGAAACGGAUGUCUUAAUGGCACGUACAAAGACAACAGGUAUUUCAGAAACUAAAUUCAAAUCAGGUCAACUAUCAAUUCAUAUGUUUGAUGUAGGUGGACAAAGAUCAGAAAGGAAAAAAUGGAUUCAUUGUUUUGAAGCCGUGACAUCGAUAAUCUUUUGUGUAGCACUAAGUGAAUACGACCAAGUUCUCUUAGAAGAAAGUGGUCAAAAUCGAAUGGCCGAAUCAUUAGUCUUAUUCGAAUCAGUCAUUAACUCUCGUUGGUUCUUAAGAACUUCAAUCAUCUUAUUUUUAAAUAAGAUUGAUUUGUUUAAAGCUAAAUUACCUAAAGUACCACUCGAACGUUAUUUUCCGGAAUAUACGGGUGGGAAUGAUGUUAAUAAGGCUGCAAAGUAUAUCUUAUGGAGGUUUACUCAGUUGAACAGGGCUAGACUUAGUAUUUAUCCUCAUUUGACUCAGGCUACUGAUACUUCUAAUAUUCGAUUGGUUUUUGCGGCUGUGAAAGAAACAAUCUUACAGAAUGCACUUAGGGAUAGUGGAAUUCUAUAA